AUGAUUUCGGCUCAAGGGGCCAUCCAGUUGGCGUGCCCAGCCCUGCUGACGCUUUGUCUCGCGCUUGCUUGUGCCAUGGUUAGAAACGAGCUCGGCGUGGCCACCUUGACUUUGCCACUGCCGUCGGUGGGCAACACCGCCUUUACCAUCACGCCUCGUCAAACCGUGGGCCAGCUGCUGCGCGAUGUGCGCCAAGAAGACCAAACUGUGCAAACGAUUCGCAUCUUGAGCCACAAUGACGUUGCCUUUGCUGCCUCGUCCAUGUGGGCCGAGGUGGCGCGGGAGCCGUUUCAAAUCCAGAUGGACGGUACAACCAUUCACGUUGAUGCCAUGGCGGAUUGGAAGCUUGGAGAUGCGGCUCAAACGGCUUCGGAGACGGCCGUGAUGCUUGACCGAUUGUCCUACUCUGUGCAAGUGUUGGAGGCGGAGCAAGCGCAUCGUGAGCAGCUCAAGACACGCAUCGCACAACUUCGGGACGAGCUGCAGCCGAUGGAGGAAAUUCGCCGCGAUGCCGAGCGCCGUGCCAUGUGGUUCUCGUCCAAGGAUGCCUGGGCAACGCUGGCCUUUUUGGGCUUUGGAUUCGGGUUUAUGGGCCGCCUGACUUGGUGGGAGUACAGUUGGGACCUGAUGGAGCCCGUCACCUACUUUGUUGGUCUGGGUGUCAAUAUUUGCUUUUUUGGAUACUACCUCCUGACGCAUCGUGACUACAGCUACGAGGUUGCCAAGGAGCGGGCUGAGCUCAAGGCCUUUUACCGCCUUGCCAUGAAGCGUGGCGUGGACGUGUCGCGCUACAAUACGAGAGGGCACGAGAACACAAAGCAACACACACACACACACACACACACACACACAAAGUACAGCAAGCACAGGGUUCAAGCCAACAAGCGGCUUUGCCUUCUUCGGCCCUCGUUUGCUGGCUACAGCUGUGGUCUGCCGUUGUCGCCGCGCAGGGGAGACGAGGUCUUCGCCACCAGCGCCAUGCAGCACGACGAAGUCAUCUGGAACAUUAUCAACCAGAACUUUUGCAGCUUCAAAGUCAAGACUGAGAACCAAACCUUUUGCCGCAACAAGUACAACGUCACAGGCCUCUGCAACCGUCAGUCAUGCCCCUUGGCCAACUCCCAGUAUGCCACUGUGCGCGAGUUUGACGGCAAACUCUACCUGAUGAUGAAAACCAUUGAGCGCGCUCAUACUCCGCGCAACAUGUGGGAGAAAAUCAAGCUCAAGACCAACUAUGAACAGGCCCUCGCGCAAAUCGACGAGCACCUGCAAUAUUGGCCCAAGUUCCUCGUCCACAAAUGCAAGCAGCGCUUGACGAAGAUGACCCAGUACCUGAUUCGCGCCCGCCGCUUGCAGCUCAAGACGCAGCGCAAGCUCGUGACAGUCAACAAGAAGGUCGAGCAACGUGAAGCCAAACGCGAACAGAAGGCUCUUGUGGCUGCCAAAAUCAACAAAGCCAUUGAAAAGGAAUUGUUGGAUCGCCUCCGCAAGGGCACGUAUGAGGGCGUGUACAACUUUUCUGAGGAGGCCUUUGAGAAUGUGAUCAAUGACAAGGAAGUGAUUGAGGAAGGCGAGGACGAAGACGAGGAGGAGCUCGAGGAUGAGGAGGAGUUUGUUGCAGACUACAGCGAGGAGCAGCUGGAUGACUUGUUUGAAGACGGAUCCUGGGAGGAUGCCGUGGCUGCCAUUGAGGGUGAAGGUGACGACGAUGACGAGGACGAUGAUGAAGAAGACGACGAUGACACUGGCAAAAGCGCCUCGGCCCCAGCACCGCGCAAGCGCGGUGCCAAGGGUGCCAAGGGUGGCAAGCGUCGUGCGCAGGAUCGGUCAGACGCGGAUGAUGAGCAAGUCGUGCCCCAAGCAUUGUUGGAUAAGCUGCGACGAAAGAAGCGCCCGGCCAAGGUGUCCAUCGAGUACGAACACGAGGUUGAGCCCGCGGCGCGCGCUGCAGCCCACGACGAUCAAGGAGACUGGUAAAACAACACAAUCCUCAUGUCUUUAUUGUUCUUGUUGUUUCCAACGAUGUUUCUCUGCGUGUGUUGUCUUUUCCAUAUCAUUUGAAUGCCGGGCCGUCCCCACUUGGGUGUGUUCCUCCUGGCUGGGUAUCAUCAUCCUUUCAAAUCCAUUGGCAUGGAAACCUUU